AUGAAAAGCAUUGAAAGUUGUGGAAAAACAAAUCAUUUUGACGUCAUUCUCAAAACGUCCGUGCAGCUACAGCACCAACACCGUGACGCACGCGCAGUCUCAGAAUUUGAAUUGGACGGGGAAGCUUUGGCGUCCUUUUUGUUUUUUAUUUGGGGAAAUAUGGAGACGGAAGAUGUCGAGAUGGAGGUUGCGCCUUCUCAAAGUGAUGCCUUGCCCCCGAUAGCCAAAAAAUCUAGUCGUCGAACAAGUAGAGGUCGUAGAUCAUCCAUCAAAUUCACUGUAGAUGGUUCUUCACCUGCUACGAUUGUUGCACCCCUAUCGGAUUCUAUUGUGCAACAGAAAGAGAUCAGCCCUAUUGUACAAUUACGAAAGAAAAGGGAUGACUUGUUAGCGUAUAUCGAACGUUUGAAAGCAGAGAGCGAUGAGUGGGAUCGAAAGCUCAAUAGGUAUUCGCAACUGGAGCAACGAGCAUACCGGACCACUGGUGGACUAGAGCGGUGUAGGAAAGAGUCUGCUGAUCAAAAUAUGAAUAUUACUAGUAAACCUCGCUAUGUGCUAACCAGAGUUAUGCGUACUUUCAGUGAGAAAAAUGGCGCUUUGCAAAAUCAAAAACUAAUGAAAGAUCUCAUUGCUGAACGAACAAGGAUAACAGAAAAAUUGACGGAAGCGAAAAGAGAACAAUCAUUAUGUCUAACAGUUUUGAAAUCCGAGCCCAGAGAUGAGCUGAUAGCUCAGGAGAAAUGGUGGAAAGAUCUCAAAGAAAAGGAAGAAAAAAGACUAACGUAUCUUCACGCAAGGUUAAGCAGAUUGAACAUGCGAGAAACUCGUAUGAAGAUCUGUGACAAUCGAGUUAGUUAGCUUUUAAGCUAGACUGUUAUCUCGCUAUUGUGUUGUAUUAUUUGUAUGUGAUUAUCUGUAACCUCAGAUGAAUACGUUUAUCUCACGAUGUGAAACCAUUUUUGAUGUGCUUUUUUGUACCAUUACUGCAAAAUCCAGAUAAGC